UGUGACUGGUCAGAGAAAGGGGAGCAGCAGCAGUUGCUGCCGCUGCCGACACCGCCGUGGCAUGAGCUCUGGACUGCGCCUGCCUACGGGCAGAGCUCUGAUCUCCGCACCCUUUCAAGGCAGUUUCAUUGCUAGAACGUAACCAGAGGAGAGCAGAUGCUCAGAGCUGCCUCAUGUAGCUGGCCACCUCUGUCCGUUUUGCCCUUGCUACAAUGGAUGAGUGGAAACCCAACCCACCAGCCAAGCCAUGGAAGAAGCGCAGCUGGUACCUGGCCUGGAAGUACAAGCUAACAAACCAGAGGGCACUAAGGAGGCUGUGUCAGAUGGGGGCCGUCCUCUUCUUGCUAGUGACUGUUAUAGUGAACAUAAAGCUGAUUUUGGACACUAGAAGAGCAGCCAAUGAAGAGGAGGAGUCUGCUCAAGAUUAUGAUGAAGGCUUACAGAACCUGGAGAUCCCACGGCGGCCUGUCAAUAAUAGGAAAGUUCUGGAUAUUGAGGUGUAUUCCAGCCGCUCCAAGGUGUACGUGGCAGUGGAUGGGACAACGGUUUUGGAAGAUGAAGCCCGGGAGCAAGGCAGAGGCAUUCAUGUGAUCAUCUUGAAUCAGGCUACGGGUCAUGUGAUGGCAAAGCGGGUUUUUGACACCUACUCUCCCCAUGAGGAUGAAGCCAUGGUCCUCUUCCUCAAUAUGGUAGCCAGAGGCCGCAUCCUUAUUUUCACCAUUAAGGACGAGGGCUCCUUCCACCUCAAAGACACCGCCAAGGGUCUCCUGAAGAGCUUAGGGAGCCAGAUUGCAGCUUCCCUCAGCUGGAGGGACAUGUGGACGUUUGUGGGAAAGAAAGGAGGUGAGGUCUAUGGUGAGAAACAUGCCAAGUCCCCGGUGCUUUCGUCAUGGGGAGAGCCGGUCUUGCUGAAAACUGAAGUCCAGCUCACCUCUGUGGAAGAUGCAGAAUGCCACUGGCCUGAUACAGAGCUGAACCGACGGCGGAAACGCUUCUGUAGUAAGGUGGAAGGUUAUGGCAGUGUCUGCAGUUGCAAGGACCCCACCCCUAUUGAGUUCAACCCUGACCCACUCAAAGACAACAAAGUCUUCGAUGUGCCUGUUGCUGUCAUCGCAGGGAACAGACCCAACUACCUGUACAGGAUGUUGCGGUCUCUGCUGUCAGCCCAAGGGGUCAAUCCUCAGAUGAUAACAGUCUUUAUUGAUGGGUAUUACGAGGAGCCAAUGGAUGUGGUGGAAUUAUUUGGCCUAAAGGGAAUCCAGCACACCCCCAUCAGCAUUAAAAAUGCCAGAGUUGCCCAGCACUACAAGGCCAGUCUGACUGCCACGUUCAAUUUGCAUCCGGAUGCCAAAUUUGCUGUGGUGCUGGAAGAAGACUUGGAUAUCUCCAUUGAUUUCUUCAGCUUCCUAAACCAAGCCAUCUAUUUGCUGGAGGAAGAUGACAGUUUGUACUGCAUCUCUGCCUGGAAUGACCAGGGUUAUGAGCACACCGCCGAGGACCCUUCACUCUUGUAUCGGGUGGAGACCAUGCCAGGCCUGGGCUGGGUGCUGAGGAAGACUCUCUACAAGGAUGAGUUGGAGCCCAAAUGGCCAACACCAGAGAAGCUCUGGGACUGGGACAUGUGGAUGCGAAUGCCGGAGCAGCGGAAAGGCCGCGAAUGCCUCAUCCCUGACGUGUCGCGUUCGUACCACUUUGGCAUUGUUGGGCUCAACAUGAACGGCUACUUCCAUGAAGCCUAUUUCAAAAAGCACAAGUUCAACACUGUCCCCAAUGUACAACUUAAAAAUGUGGAGAGCUUAAAGAAAGAUGCAUACGAGAUUGAAAUCCAUCGGCUACUCAGCGAGGCAGAGGUCCUGGAUCACAGCAAGAACCCCUGUGAGGAUACCUUUGUACCAGACACUGAAGGGAAGAUCUAUGUGAUGUACAUCAAGAUGGAGCAGGAAGCAGAUUUCACCACAUGGACUCAGCUUGCCAAGUGUCUCCACAUCUGGGAUCUGGAUGUCCGUGGGAAUCACAAAGGACUAUGGCGGCUCUUUCGGAAGAAGAACCACUUCUUGGUGGUAGGAGUCCCUGCCUCUCCCUAUUCAGUCAAGAAACCCUCUUCAGUCAUCCCGAUCUAUCUGGAGCCCCCAGCCAAGGAUGAGGCUGUUGGAGCCAUGGCAGCAGCAGCAGCAGGAGCAGAGCAGACGUGAAGCAGAGCAUGGAGCCUUGUCUGUAUCAUCUUCCCAGCCCUGCUGGGAAGAGGGGCACAGGAAGCCCUGGAGCUCUGUGGGAUCUGUGUGCUGCUCUUUUCUCUGAAGGACCUGGGAACAGGAGCAAGACAGACAGGGGCUGCCCCCUGCUCUGAGGCAGCGGCUGCUGCUGCUGCUGGGUGGACAUGUUGCCCUGGGAAGUCAGGAGCAGGCGCCCUUUAAUAUUUUUCUCAGCAGCUGCAGCCGUGUGAAUGUUUCAUUUUUAACACUGAUGCUUUACUAAUUGUGGCCGCCCUUUCCCCAGGUUGGGGGUUGGGCCAGAGGGAGCUCUUGGGAAGCGAUGGGCUCCCUCCCACACCACUACUUGAGGACCUUUUUUUUAUUUAUUAACUCCGCGUGUCAGUUAGCAUCCUUCCAAGGGCUGCUGUCCCGCUUUAUAUUUCUGGUGUUUUUCAAGUUGGUUAUGAGACUGGGGAUCUAAACCCUCGGAGGCAUGUGGGGGCGGUUCUUCAAACGGGAACUGGCCCUACCACAGCCCAACAAAUGGCUACACAGCAGACCGUUCACCCGCACACCCAGAAUGGCCUUGUGCCAGAGGCUCGGACUCGGCUUGCAUCGUCAGGAGGAAGGUUGCAAACCGCAAAUGAACUGCAUGUAUCAGAACUGUGGACUACUCAUCCUGGACACUCGGGCUCAGAGUUCCUUCUCUCCGUUCCUCCUGCUCCUCCUCCCAGUUGAUAGGGAUUGUCAUGCGAGAAGGUAAACUUCCAGGUUGAAUGGCCUUUGUUGCAUCCAGAGGGUUCGCCUGGUUCUAGCUACGGCCACUCUUUUUGGCUGAAACUCUCACCAGAGCCAGACUGGCAGCAACAUGCAGAAGCCUGGGAUACGACACUUGGUCGUGUUGCUCUGCACCUGCAGCACACCUUGACCAAAGCCCCCGGAAAGAGCCAAGAGGGUGCAAAAAGUGCCUUGAGUUGAGCCGGUGCUAGCCUAGGAGGCCUUGGUGUUUGCCAGCUGAAUAAGAUAGAUUCUGCUUGCUCCUUUUGGAAGAGGGCUUCCGUACUCUCAGAAACCCAAGCCCAGGGGUGUUGUUGUCCUACUACUGGCCUACUGUGGUGAUGAGCUGUGGCAGCGGCCACCCAUGACAGGAUGUUUGUACCACUCAUUAGGCCAUGCCUGCCAGGGAAGCUUGCUCCUGUUCCUCCUUCCUGUGGAGCUGGUAGGACCUUGGUCCUGUCCUGCUGAAUUUUAAGCUAGUCUUGUUCUGUUGAGGGUGCAGGUGGCUGACGCACAUUGUUCCAAAGAAAGACCUGGAGGUGCUUGUACACCAGCCUCCCCCAACCUCGGGUCUCCACUUGUGUUGGACUGGGAGAUUAUGGGAGUUCUAGUCCAACACAGCUGGAAGGUUUUCAGGUUGGGGAAGGUUUUGUUGAUGAUUCUUAAGAAAGGGUUCUUCUGCGACUGAGUGGAGGUGAUGGGGAAGAAGGACAACAAUUCAGGGAUAAAGAGGGAAUCAUGGUUUCCUCUCCACAUCCUGUGCCUUAUAAGGUGAGGAAGGCUCUUGGAUCCAGAGAGAAUGUGACUUUCAGUAGAACGUUUUCAAUGGUCAGCUGAGGGAAGGGAGCGCUGCUCACUUUGGGUGGUUGGAUAGGUUUGUGUUCCCUCUUCGUUUUCCUUACCCUCCACCUCCACGCUAAUCACAUAUGUAGAAGAGCUGACUGAUGUUGUCCUGGAGUCUUUAAAGACACCAGGGAGGUAGCCAGGGGUGGGGAGGACUAGGAAAGGGGAGUGGGUGGGAAGGUAGACAGCACACUUUUUAUCUGAACAGAAGGCAGCUGUAGAGACCCCAUAAAUAAGGUACCAUUCUUGACCAGCUCUGUUCCUGAGCCUGGGCUCAUUUUUCAUUGUGAGUGUCUUGCUUCAUGUAGAUUAGCUUGUACCUUUUUUAAAAAAAAAAACACUAUGGCUUCUAUUUGUACAAGAGUUUCUAUGGCUGAGCUGGAGACCACAGGGUAUGGUUGGUGACUUGGGUAGAGCUACUGAUUGAAUACAGUAGACACCCAAGACACUUGGAGAUGAGUUAAUGAUAGUUACAGGGAUGACCGGGAGCUGAAUCUCUCCGGUCUGUGCCAUCACAUUUGGAAGGAAGCAGGACAGCGCAUGCGGUACUUCUGCUUCUGAAAGAGCCCCUCCCUUUGCCCCUGCCUGUUGGCCUUGAUGCAGCUGAGCAGUGCAGGGGCCUGUCUUCCAGCUGCAGGAUGAGCAUGACCCAGAGGGGAAGAAUACAGCAGUGCUUGCCUGGGAUGAGAAGGAAGACUUGUGCUACUGCUGCUGCUUCCCCCCCCUUACUGCUUAUUUGAUAGCUUGCCUUCAGAGGCCCUGUCCAGAAGACACAUUAAACCACAGCUUUAACCACGGUGAAUAAAGCAAAAGCCUUAUUCACCAUGGUUUAAGGUGUCUUCUGAACGGGCUCAGACUGUCUGUGGCUAUUCCCCCAGCUAUUUCAACAAAGGUACAAAUAGAGCUAAACCUAGAGCUGCUCUUCACAUUUUGCAAAAGAAAACUCCUUGCUCUGCCAUGUAUCUCUUUGGCAGCCUUUCCCAGCCUGGUGCCCUCCAGAUAUUUUGGACUUCAACUCCCAGCAGCCCCCAGCCAGCACGGCCAGUAGUCAGGGAUGCUGGGAGUUGUAGUCCAAAGCAUCUGGAGGGCACCACGUCAGGGAGGGCUGCUCUACAGCAAGCCUGUAGUGUGUGUUUCUAAACAGGCACCUCUUGAGAGGUAGCAAGGCAAGGAUCCUGGAUACAGUUUUAUUGUGUGUGUGUUUUUAGGCUGCACAGAGGCAUAAGAAUUGUUAAGAAUUCAUGUCUUUCUGGUGGUAUGUGAAAAGGCUGUUAUUCUGAAGAAGUCAGUGCCUUUGUCAUUUUGUGGCGAUGUGGUAUGGAAGAGGCCUUCAGGGUGGGGGAUUCGUCACAACCCAAAUCCCAUGCCACUCUGAUGUGUUUGAUGAACGAGCAACUUCUAAACCUAGGUCUGAGAGGCCAGCUACAUGGAUUCAUCUCCUGUAGAAGCACACUCCGUUUCUUUCCCUUAUGUUUUUGGUAACCAGAGUACACGUGAGGCUUUUAAGCCGGCCACUCCUUGGAUUCACUUGGGGAUUCAUCGUAAAGAGUUGAGGUAUCUACACAUCAGCAGCAGAGGUCCUAAAAGCUUUAUGCAUGAUUUGCCUUACCCAUUUACAAAAGCUGAGUUGCUUUCCAAUCUAGUCCUGGGAUCUCCAAAACCCUCAAUGGGUGAGAGGAAGAAGGCUGUGUUUUAGCGGGGGAAGACCUCAGGAACCCAAGGUCUUCUGGCCAGUGAAAAUGUUUCAUGGGUUAUGUUCUCGCUGCCUGGAGCUCUAAAGGCCGAGGUCUCCUGAGUCUCUGAUGAAGACAAGCGCAUGCCACCUGCAUGCUUCAUCUGUGGAUUUGAGGUUGAUGGGUGGCAUCUGCUGACUGCUUUUCAUUACAUCUCCAGUAUGAAGAGUCACUCUGUGUUGCUGUUUCGUCAUGAGGAUGAUCAUUGAUCGGAAAAGGCCCUCUACACCAGCUUCCCCCAGCCUGGUGUCCUCCAGAGGUGUUGACCUACAACUCCCAGAAUCCCUCAGCCAGCUGGCUGGGGGAUUCUGGGAGUCUCAGGCCAACACCUCUGGAGGACACCAGGCUGGAAGAAGCUGUCCUUCACUUCCAAGGGUCCUCUCUUCCUUGUCUACACUUCUACUGUACAGGAAUUGGGAGAUGUUGCCUGAAAGGAAUACUGUUCUGCUCUUGACGCUAACCCAUAGGCACAGCUUCUGUCUUGCCUGACCCAAAUGCAAAACACCUUCUGGUGAUGACUUCAGAAAUACCAUGGAAACAACAUCCAGGAACAGUAUAUUUAUGCAAACUUUGAGAAUUUAUCUCUGUGAUUUGUUUGUGGGGAAGCAAUUUUUUUUAACAAGAGAUUCGCUCUAUUCCCCCCUCCCCCAGUCAAAUUCAGUCUUGAGCAUGAGUACAGAAGACCUUUUGUGGACCAUGUGGCCGCAGAAGCUACUUGCUCUGGAAAAAAAAAAUUGUCCCCUGCUAAGUAGUUUACAGCAAGGAAAGGGCAAUUAGAAUGAGGGGAGAAGAUAAAUUGCACCACUAUUUUAUAUUCGUAAUUCAGUUUUCCUUGUAUUUUGUCUUAAAACCUUAGAAUUUUUCUCUUGCCAAAAGUGCAUCUUCAUAAGGCUCCCUAUAGGAACAUUGUUGUGAUGCUUUCAAAUUAGGGGUUUGGAAGAAUUAGAUCUAAAAUUCUUUCAUUCUAAAGGUAACAGUCCAGCUACAUUUAAACCUGUGGGAGUGUUGACUUCCGUGGAAGCAUCUUUUACCAUGAAGUGACACUUCUGAAAUGGACAAACAGAGCCUGUGCACCUAACUGGGAUUGGAUUCCAGGGAGCCAAGCAUGCCUUUCUCUGGAUUGCACUUGCAACCUAUGCAAGUUCAUUGUCAUUAAUGUCAUUGACAUUAAUGGGGAUUUAUUUAUGAGUGAGCAUAUUUGCGAAUGGGUUUUAAAUAGGAACCAAAUGAAAUAAAAAUGGCUGGCUUCCUAUUCAGCUUCAAAUUCCCAUUUAAGAAUGAACCAAAAGUAAUAUUGCCUCCCAUUGAUCAAAAUGACCUCUAUUACCCUUGCCAAACUUUGCAAAUAAAUCCAGAGAUCCCACACCCCUUACCUCAUUCUUUGCAAGCUAGACAGAAGAUGACAUUUAAAAGUUAUCGUCUGCACUUCCCUUGUAGCUUAUUCCAGCCAAAAUAUUUCUGACUGACAGCUGUUGGAGACAGAAUGUGUGAUGAGAUCUGCUUCAUACAACCCACCAAGGCAAUUCUUAGGUUCUUAUAAUAAUUUCCGGGACUGGGGGGGACCUGUGAAUAAUUUGACCCCUGAAUGACAGCUGCUUUCAGAUUUUGUUUUAAAGCAAACAGGAUAAAAGGUUCUUAAUGAAUUGUUUUCAAGGUACUAGCAUUUUGCAGACAUUGAGGCCUGGAACAGUGUGGGAUCGUCUGAUAUUGUUACCUAAUCAGCUGCCACUUCCUCUCUGCUUCAGUUACCCAAACUAUGAUUGCAGUGCAUGGAAUUUUAAUGUGAAGGUGCAAUGCUAUGCAUGUUGAGACAGAAAAAAGGCAUACAACACCCAGCAUGCCCCAGUCAGUAUGGCUAGCUUAGGCAAACUGGGAGUUGUAGGAUUUUCUGUCUAAACAUGCAUAGGAUUAUCACUUUACUCAGUCAUACCUUGUGGUCCCUCACUCUGGUACAGUAUGUUGGACUCUAUGAUGCCAGCUGGUUCAGACUGGUGUAACCGUGCUCUUUAAAGGAUGCUGUCAGGAGCUGACUUGAAAGUUCUUGCUGCCUUUGGUUUCCACUUGCUCUUUUCUCUCUUUUCCUUACCUUUCCCCCUCCUUUUACUGUAGUCCCUUUUUAACUUAAGCCAAGAAUGGUAUCAUUCCAAAGGCUGCUGUGCUCUUGGAGAUCUGUUCUUGUAUGCAGCUGGGGAGGAUGCAGGGGCUGCAUGCAGUAGGGUGGGCUGCUUUGGGGGAUCCAAUUGUCUUGAGUGUGUGUGUGUGUGUAUUUCCCCAAAAUAAAGGUGGCAGAACUUGUCGCAUAUCA